GGUACGUUCUAUACUAUGACGUCCCCGUCCCCGCCACCCAUGGCCACACUGAACACGUCUCAACCCAGCACUCCACCGCCAUCUUCAGAUAACCCCCCGGCAUGGGCUAUAGCCCUCAUUUCACCGCUCAUAUCAAAAGUUGACACUUUAACAAGUAAACUUUCUAAACUAGAUUCACUUGAAAAAGUUUUUCGUGACCUCCAUGAAGACGUCAAGAACUUGAAAGUUCGGCUGGACGAUAUAGAGGAGUCUCAGACUUUUAUAAAUAGAAAAUUUGAGGAAACCCGGGUCUACCAUACGGAUCUCAGUAAAUUACACGAUGAUGUCAUUGACCUAAAGUGUCGCUCUAUGAGAGAGAAUUUAUUAUUUUUUGGAAUCCCGGAGGAGGGGGGACCCGAUUUUGUCGACAGAUCUGAUCCUACGACAGGAAUUUCGGAACGUGUGCCCAAUGAGGACUGUAUUGAUAAACUGAAAACACUAGCGAGUCAGAAGCUGGACUUUACGGAGAACCUGCUUAUCGACAGGGCCCAUAGGAUAGGUCCAAAAACAACAGGGAAGGAAGUACAGGAGGUGAGGAGGGAGCUAUGGCCGAUAUGGAAGAAGGCCCGUGACGACAAAAAGAGGGCAGUAUUUGUUAAAGACAAACUUUAUAUUGACGGUGUUUUGUACAAGUGUCCGGACCCGCCCGUUCCGUCCGCAAAUGUCCAGGCACCUGGCAACCCUAGGGGUGCCCCUAAAGGUGCACACACACGCAAACGUCACCAAUAG